GAUGGAAAUUUCCCAUGCAUCUCCACGCCAUUGCCACAUCCAUUUUCCAGGUUGGAAGCCUUGCCUGCAGAGUUCAGGUGUGGCCCUGUGGCAGGGGGCAUAUUUUGGAGUCUUGUGGCCUGAGGCCCAAGUUCCACGUAUCACAGAGGCACAGCCCCGAUCCGCGCGAGCGGAGGUGACUCUGCGCUUUUGCUGCGCUUUUCGCUGCGAAACCUGUGGACUCAGGUCCAGCCAUGGAUUGUUGUUUUUGGCAAUGACCUUCUUCGCCCAGCGCACAGCGCCGCGGAACAAAUGCCAGGCCCCACAACCUCCAGAAGAGCUCGGGCCAGUUGGGACGACACCUUCCUCAGAGUUUCUGGAGCCCGAACAGCUGGAAGCUUCAGAUGCUCUGGUGGUGACAGGAAGGUGCCAGGAAGUUGCAGACCCCAUCGGUCUCCUGCAGCAACAUGUGGCGAAGCAUCUCAGUCGUUCUGUCGCGACGGGAGAUAUCAACUACGCAUUCGAGAAGCUGGAGUGCGGAAGCUUUGUGGCUACGGUCAGCUUCGGAGAUGUCCAGCUGCAACCCUGCACGGGGCUUCCGCAAGGAAAGAAGGCAUUGGCAAAGAAGUCAGCGGCGGAGGAGGCCCUCGCGCAGUUCGAAGCAGCCAACUGGGCAUGGAAGAAUCCUGCCAAGGCCAACUUCAAGCCGGAUCAGAAGGAGAGCAAAGGUUUCCUUCGGCAAGUGCAGCCCGUGAGUAUGCCGGAGGCGGCUAAGGCGAAGAAGCACAACAAGCAGUGGCCGAGGGCGCAAGGCCCGCCUGUGGCUCCCAAGGAGCCAGAGGAGGAUGCGGACUGCACGCUACGGAACCAGGCGAUGGUUCAGUGCGGUGCUCCUGAGGCGGACAAUCCAAUAGGCAGAAUCAAUGAAAUCAUGUCCUCCAUUCUUCGGCGGCCGCUUUCUAAGGAGGACGUGCAUUACACCUUCUCAGAACACGAUUCCACAUUUACCUGUGCGGUUACCAUUGCUUCCGAUGGCCUUCUCUUGGAAGCAUCUGGCGAGCCGGCAACGACAAAGCGGCAG